AUGAGUGUUAAUAAAGCUAACGUUCGCCAUUCAAAAAACCUUUCCUAUUCUAAUUUAAAUGAGUCUAACAAUAAUAGCAGCAAUCCUAAAAUUUUAGAUAUUCAUGAGAAGUAUCAUGUUCCAUUUGGUACAUCAUCAGCCAGUUAAAACUCUACUCCUUCAAAUUCUAUUGUUUCAAAUAUAAAAAAAGUUAUAGGUUCUAAUUCAGUACUAUUGCAUCCAACAAGUUAGUAAAAGAAGAAUAGUAUCAAUGGUAAAAGCUCUCCAAAAUAUUUGAAUCUUUCUGGUAAUGAAGUUAAAAUGCAAAAUUAAACUUUAUAAUACUUUCCUUCAAACAGUCUUGUAAAUAAUUAGGGGAGUAAGAAAAUAAGUAGAAAAGAGAGCAACGGCUCUAAUAGCGAGGAAAUAAACUAGCUAAAUUAGUAACAAUUAUUCGUCAAACAGUUGGCUUAAGCCAAUUAAAUAGAUUAAAUGAACAAUAAUGAAGAAAAUUCAUUAAAUAGCAACGUUAUUACUAGCUCCAAUGAACUUAAUUUAGGAUUAGCCCAAGGUAACAUUUCUUCUGCAUCAUCUAAUCAAAUAUCAGCAAAGGAGCAUAUCCCACUGAAUAAAUAGUAGCCUUAAUUCAAGUUGUAUUCUUAAAUGUAUGAAUAAAUGAAGUAAAGUAAAUAAGCCAGCAAUUCUAGGAUUGGGUUCAAUCAAUCUGAAGAUCUCUCAAAUAAAUUUUCUACUAAUAGCAAUUCAUAAAGCAAUAUUUUCAGUUAGUAAAAUUAGUAAAACAGUAAUAAGAGUUAAAAUGAGAAUUAGUAUCAAAAGAUAGCUUAAUCAACAAAGUAAUUUCAGUAAAAUAUGCAAAAGAAUAGCAGCUAUUCACCUGAAAAUAAAAAAUCUUCAUCUCCGAUGAUAUAAUUUAACUACUAAUCAGUCAUGGCUGUGAAUCAAAAAAAUUUAAAAUAAUCUUAGCUUCAAAAUAGCUAGUAGCAAACAAAUUAGCCAUUGUAAAAUAACGAUAGUUCAAAAGUAUAGUAAUCUUAAUCUGGUUCUAAGGGUUAAUCAAUGAAUUCAUCUCUUUAAUUAAAGAGACAGUCAGGCGAGUAGUCAAAAUUAAAUUUAUUCUCCGAAGCAUUGGCUAAUCAGCCAUCUUCUCCUAUGAAAAACAUACGUUCAGGGGGAUAAAAGACAAAUCUGGGUGAGAGCAAAUCCACAAAACAUUCUUAAAGCAACAGCAAAGAACAUUCGUAAUUUCUAGCACAAACUUAACAGAAUUAAUUUUUUUUUCAUGGACACAACAAUCAAAACGAUGGAAGAGUCUAUUCUUCUACUCCUUCUCAUAGUAAGCAAAUUUAAUACAUGCAACAAUAAUAAAACCAUUAAAUUUAAUCGAACUUGACUACAUCCAACUCCUAAUCAGAUCUUCUAACAUUAAAUGCUAAUUAAUUAUAACAAAUACCAAAUGAUGACACGAAUGCCUCUUCGCCUUUGAUAAAAUCAGUUGGAAGCGGAAAAUUAGGUUCAAAUCAAAGGAAAGAAUUUGUGAAACAGCACAUAUAACUUUAAUAAUAAAUUCAUCCUUUUCAUCGUUAAACAUAUUCAGUUUCUAAUAUUAAAACAAACUAAACACUCUAACUCAACCAAUCACAAUAAGUGUAAGCUAACCCAGAAGGCUAUUUGUAAUAAUUUAGUAAAGAUGCUACGAGAAACUAAAAUAGCUAGUCUAAUAGCAACUCUCUUUCUUAAAUAAAGAGAAACUAAAGUAAUCCAAAAUAAACAUUAAAUAUUAGCAUUAAUAAUACUUCAGCAGUAGGAAAUAAUACAUUUUAUAUGCCAAACAACACCUAUACAAAUCUCACAAACUUGAGUACAACAAACGCAGCUAAUUAACAAAAAUAGUAAAUGAAUAGCAGCCACUUGAAAUAAAACAUAAAAAAUACCACAAAUAUCAAAAAUUCUGAAGUCUCUUUAGAAUAAAUGAAAAGAAUUUAUAUUCCUACAACAGGAGAGCAAAUAAAAAAUUACAAUAGUUACAUGAGCAAUGCUUAGUCAAAAAGUCCUUCCAAAAAUGAAUCAAAAGUUCAUGAGUUUGAUAAUAUUAAUUUUAUUACAGGCUAAACCAGUAAAGGGGAUGAAGAUAGAAAAUAUGUAAAAAAAGAAAUGUAAUUAAGAGACAUGCAAAAUUAUUGGUUAAAAUUAAUAUAAUUGAAUAAUAACUCUCAAAAUCCCAGUGUAAGUAAUAGCUUAGAGAAAAAGAAGCCUCAAUUACUCAUGGUUUAAGGCAAGGGUGUUCAGGAAACUAACAAAAGCUCAGGUUAACAAAAUUAAGGGCAAUUUACAAGCAGAAAACUAUUGGCAUAUCAAAACGGAAUUAAAUAGAUAACUGAAUAUGAUUAUUCUCUUAAAAAUAUUGUAGAUUAGAUCCUGUUAUUUAAUUAGCUGUAUUUGAAUUAAGUCCCCAAUUUAUAUCAAGAAAAUGAAAAACUCAGACAGGCAAAUAAAAUUAACUUGGAAGAAAUAUCUGAAUUGAAAUAAAAAGUUGCUGUAGGUGAUAGUGUUAUGGUUAAACUUAAAAAGGAUUUAACCAAAUGCGAAUAAUAGUUGGCUAAUUACACCACUUAAACAUCUCUAAACUAAGAGCAAUUAAUUGUUCUUUCUGGAGAGAAAUCUCCUGCAAAGUUGUAAUAAAAUUAACAAUUAAUAGCUGAAAAUCAAAAUCUCUAAAUGAUCAUUUAAUAGCAGCAAAUUGAAAUUGAACAAUACAAAGAAAGAGAAAAUUAAAUUAGAGAGUUGUUGAUUGAGUUUAAUAAGAAGGGAUUAAUAUAAAUUGAUGUAAAUGGAGAUGCCCUCAUUCGUUCUAUUCAUCAUAACCCUGAAUCAGAAGACAACCAAUCUGGAAACAGGGAAGAAUAUAAACUUUGCAAAAAGAAUCUCAAAGAACUCCUAAAAGAAUAAAAAGGAAACAACUCCAUAAACGGAGAUCAUCUUGCAGACGAUUCAAGAAUUAGUGAUUCUCAAGAAAGUAGCUUUGGAUUUAUUGGAAAAGUAACUUUGCAGGAGAUAGAAACAUAAUAGGAGUUGGAGAAAUAAUAAAGUGAAAGCCCUAUGAAUAGAUAACAAUCUCCAAAAAAAGUAGAUGGAUAGUUAAAAGAAAAACUAAAACUUAAUAUGGCUUAAGUUUAAGAAACUCAAAAAUUAAUUAUUUAAUAAUAAGCAAUUUAAGAAUAAAAUGAAAAGGAGAUGUAAAUGCAUUAGUAAAUGCUUAAAUAGCAAGAAGCAGCAUUAAUUGCAUAGUAAAACUAAAUUAAACAACAAUAAAAAGGAGGAAAGUUAAAAACCCAAAAUGUUUAAGCACAAAAUUAAAUUCUGAAGAAUCCACAAUAAAUAUGCUUACCAUAGCAAAAUUAAAAACUAAAUCAACAGCAAAUUUAAUAACAAUAAUAGCUUAUCCAUAAUUAAUAAUUUAAUAAAAAACAUAUUUAAUAACAAUAACAAUAAAAUCAAAUCAUUUAAUAAUAGCAGUAAUAAUAAUAGUAAUAGUUAUAGAAUCACUUCUAGCAAAAUCCUAACUUAAAUGCUAUUAAAAUUAGUUAGAAUUCUAAUCAAAUUAGUGGUUUGAAUAGCAAGCAAUCAGAAGAAAUGAAUAUUCGUGAUUUAGCACACAUAGAUAAUUCAAAUAUAGAAUAUGAUGAAUUGACAGAAGAUUAAUUGAAUUAAUAAUAUUUAUAAGAUUAAUUGUAAAUCAUAUAGCUACACUAAUAAUAAUUAAAUUUAUAAAAUAUAAAAUCAAAUUAAUAGAACACUCCUUGUGCAUCAGGAUCAGGUGCAGGAGAAAGUUUUAUUAGCAGUGGAAAUGGAGUUAAAAUGCCAAAACCAAAUAUGUAAAAACUUUAAUUGAAAAACUUGUAAAAAUCUGUUAGUCCUCCUAAAUAAAUUGUAAUGUAAGAAAAUGGUUAACCUGGAGCUUAAAAUAAACCUAUAAUUAACAAAAUAGAAAUAGAAGACUCUAGUGGUAUGGGUUUUCACGAUGAAUUUAUGAGUCGUCUUGAUGAAUUCAGUCUUUCAUGGAGAAAAGCCGCUGAAAGGGAAAGAAAACCCCACACAUAAUUUUGA